AUGAAGCCCCAGCCAGGUCCUAAUCAUCCAACUCCUCUCUCCAUCUCGGCCGCUGUGAAAUCCGCAGGGGCGCGGAAAGACUGGGCGGCCGCCUUGCUUUGCCUCCACGAUAGCAAGGCCCUCAAGGCAUUGUCUCAGCGAUGGCAUCCUCUGGCGCUAGCUCCGCCCAUGGCUGCGAUGGGUGUCUGCGCUCGUGCGAGCGCUUGGACUGGGGCGCUGCAGGUUCUGGAUGCUCUUGGUGCUUGUUCGCUGCGCCCGGAUCUGUAUAUUCUGGGCUCAGCUUUAAGUGCAUGUGAUAGAGGCUACGUGUGGUCCGCGGCUUUGCGUAUUCUCAGCAGAGUUGAAACGCAUGGGUUGCCGGUUAGCGAGGUACUCGUCAACUCUGCAACAACUGCAUGUGACAAGGGCAACCAGUGGACGGUCUCGCUUCGGCUUCUGGCCGACUUUAGAGCAAAGAGAUGCCUUGACAGUCUCAUCGGAUACAGUGCGGCCAUGUCCUCCUGUGCUCGCUUCGAGCUGCAUUGGGCGCGGUCUCUGGUGCUUUUUGAUUGGCUGCAACAUCACUUCACCCCGGACAUCAUCGCAUGCAACAGUGUAAUGCAUGCGUGUGCAACUGGAGCUGCAGUGGCAGUGGCCAGACACACCCUGACAAGAAUGCAGCAGCAUGGGCCUUCACCUGAUCAGGUAACUUUCAACACGUUUCUUAUGUCCUUGAGCAACUCCCACGCUUGGUGGCAAUGCUUGGAAGUGUUGCAGCAUCAAAGGGAGCAGGGUCCUUGGCCAUCUGUUGUCACAUACAACGCGGUGCUCAGCUCCCUGGGUGAUGAAAGUAGUUGGCCAUGGAGCUUCGUGUUGCUGGAGGCCAUGCGAGGCGACAAGAUUGCUCCUGACAUCGUAACCCACGGGUCCAUAGUGAAUACUCUGGCUCGUGCCUCCCAGUCGAGCAUUGCAAUUUCAUUCCUUUCCAUGCUUGAGCGCGAUCGCGCUGCAACGAACGAGGUGGUCUACAGUGCAGCUGUCUCAGCCUGUGAGGGUGGACGGCUCUGGAAAGAGAGCAUUGCUUUGAUUGGAAGGGCCAGGCGCAGAAAGUUGAAGAUGGAUGCCGUCGUCUACGGUGCCGCAUGUAGCACGUGUCAAAAAAGCCAGCGCUGGGAACAUGCCUUGAGCUUCUUCGAAACUGCACGAGACCAGUCACUGUCGAGCAGCCCCCUCUCCAACGCAGCUCUCUCUUCCUGUGCAGACUCUGCACACUGGUUUCGCGCCUUGCAUCUCUUCCGAAGGGCUUUCUCUUCGCAGGUCGAGGCUGACACCACGAGCCACAAUGCAUGCUUGACAGCCUGCAUUCGACGUUGGGAGACGGCUCUGUAUCUGUUGGGUUCUGCAUCGGGCCAUCAGGCUCAGCCCGACACUGUUGGUUUCAACGCAGCACUUGCAGCCCUGGGGGCUGACAGUGCCUGGAGCACAUGCACAUGGGGCCAGGCGCUGUCUACGUAUCGCAGCAUGCAGAGGCACGGUGUGGAGACUGACAUGUUCGGGCUGAACUCUGCAAUGACGGCGGUUGCGAGAUGCAGCAAGUGGGCCGAGGGCGGUGCAAUCCUCACAGAGAUCGGAUCGGCAAGUUUAGAAGCCGAUGAGCUUGCGAUAAGCACGUUUAUGGCUUCGUGCAGCUCGCGCCGGCAGUGGGUGACUGCGCUGAUAUUGCUGCCUUCCUUGCUGCAAGAUGACCGGGAGCUGGAGGGCCAUGAUGCAGGGCCCCUGGCGGCUGCCCUGGCCGGGAUGGUUUCUGCAUGCCAGGGCCUCGAUGCUUCUGGCCCGGUUCCUGGGCUGCUGAGUCGACUUCGCUGGGAACUUACCUCG